CCGGAACUCUCAGUUCCUGAGGGAGCAUACAGCCACCUAGAAACACACGCUACGUUUGUUUCGAAGGAUCGCGGUAGAAGUGCACGAGACUACCCUCCUUCUGUCAUCCCCAAACCUACAAAGUAACUUUGGAUUUAGGAGCGAAAAAGGAACGUCAGGAUCGAGACAUCAUGGGUACAAAAUACGACUUUGUCGCGGAAGAAGUCAAAGGCGACAAAAAUGGGGACAUAAGUGGGAAAGAUGUAGAGGACAAGGACAAGGAGAAGGAGGAGCCGGAGAAAGUGGAGAUGGUUGGUCCUUUUGAAAUGUUCCGCUUCGCAGAUAGUUUGGACAUUUUCCUGAUGGUUUUAGGAGUAAUCAUGUCCAUGGCCAAUGGGGCGGUAUUUCCUCUCAUGAUCAUUGUGUUUGGUGACAUGACAGACAGUUUUGCCGAAGACACAGCGAUGGGGUCUUUACCAAACAACUUGACAGGUUAUCCAAACUCCACAUUUCCACAGUCCAAUGAAACACUGGGAGAGCAGAUGACCAGGUAUGCCAUAUACUACAGCAUUUUGGGAUUUGUAGUCUUGCUGAGUGCAUAUAUACAGGUAGCUUUCUGGACUCUGGCGGCUGGGCGACAGGUGAAGAGACUCAGGAAGCUGUUUUUCCACUCCAUCAUAAAACAAGAGAUCGGCUGGUUCGAUGUCAAUGAAACAGGCCAACUCAACACCCGCCUCACAGAUGACAUCUACAAGAUAAACGAGGGUAUUGGGGAUAAGCUGGGAACACUGAUUCAGAAUAUAACCACCUUCUUCACUGCCCUCAUCGUGGGUUUCAUCAGAGGCUGGAAACUUACCCUCGUUAUCCUUGCUGUCAGUCCCCUGCUUGGCAUCUCUGCUUCCAUCAUAGCCAAAGUGAUGACAUCAUUUACUUCCAAAGAGCAGACAGCUUAUGCUAAAGCUGGAGCUGUGGCUGAAGAAGUUCUGUCUGCAAUCAGAACAGUUUUUGCUUUUGGAGGACAGAAGAAAGAGAUAGAGAGGUAUCACAAAAACCUAGAGGACGCUAAGAACAUGGGUGUAAGGAAAGCCAUCACGGUGAACAUCGCCGUAGGUUUCAGCUUCUUCAUUGUUUACUUGUCAUAUGCUCUGGCCUUCUGGUACGGAAGCACCCUGAUUUUGGCAGGAGAGUACACCAUCGGCAACGUCCUCACGGUAUGUUUCUCAGUCCUGAUUGGAGCUUUUGGCAUUGGCCAAACCUCACCAAACAUCCAGGCUUUCUCCAGUGCAAGAGGGGCUGCCCACAAAGUCUUUGGUAUCAUUGACCAUGAGCCCAACAUUAACAGUUUCUCAGAUGAAGGUCACAAACUGGACUCAGUGAAAGGGAACAUUGAGUUUAAAAACAUUCAUUUCAGUUACCCAUCACGACAGGAUGUCAAAGUACUGAAUGGAAUGAACUUGAAAAUCAGUAGUGGACAGACCAUCGCUCUGGUGGGGAGUAGUGGGUGUGGCAAGAGUACCACCGUUCAGCUGCUGCAGCGUUUCUACGACCCGCAAGGGGGAACAGUGAGUAUAGAUGGUCAUGACAUCCGUUCUUUGAACGUGAGUCAUCUGAGGAAGCUGAUUGGAGUCGUGAGUCAGGAGCCCGUUCUGUUCGCCACCACCAUCGCCGAGAACAUACGUUAUGGACGUGAAGAUGUCACUCAGGCCGAGAUCGAGCAGGCCACACGAGAAGCCAACGCCUACGAUUUCAUCAUGAAACUCCCAAAUAAAUUCGAUACACUGGUUGGAGACAGAGGCACCCAGAUGAGUGGUGGCCAGAAACAGCGAAUCGCAAUCGCCCGUGCUCUCGUACGCAAUCCCAAGAUCCUCCUGUUGGACGAGGCCACAUCUGCGUUGGACACCGAGAGCGAAGCCAUUGUACAAGCGGCCCUGGACAAGGUGAGGUUAGGUAGGACCACCAUCAUUGUCGCCCAUCGCCUGUCAACCAUCCGAAAUGCCGAUGUCAUCGCCGGCUUCCAAAACGGAGAGAUUGUGGAGUUGGGCACACAUGACGAACUGAUGAAGAGGCAGGGGGUUUACCAUUCUCUCGUCACCAUGCAGACAUUUAAGAGUGCGGAGGAGGAGGAGGAGGGCAGCGAGGAGGUGGCUUUUGACGAGAAGAGUCCUUCAGCGACGUCCGUGACAGAACACACACUCUUCAGACAGAACUCCAAAGGCUCCUUUGUUGGGUCUGAGAAAGAAAAGAAAGACAAUGGUGACAAAGAGACAGAGGAGGAGGAGAAACCUCCAGAAGUUUCCUUCCUAAAGGUUUUGAGUUUGAAUAAGCCUGAAUGGCCUUAUAUGGUAGUGGGUAUUUUCUGUGCCAUCCUUAACGGAGGCCUGCAGCCUGCUUUUUCUAUCGUUUUCGCCAAGAUCGUCGCUGUGUUCGCUGAACAAGAUCAGGAAGUUGUGAGAGAAAAAUCCAAUCUCUUCUCUCUGCUGUUUGUUCUUAUUGGUGUUGUCUCCUUUGUCGCACUCUUCUUCCAGGGUUUCUGUUUUGGGAAAGCUGGUGAGAUUCUGACAAUGCGUCUGAGGUACAAGGCCUUUAAAGCAAUGAUGAGACAGGACUUAGGCUGGUAUGACAACCCUAAAAACAGUGUGGGAGCUUUGACCACCAGACUGGCAGCAGAUACCGCUCAGGUUCAGGGCGCGACAGGUUUGAGGUUGGCAACGUUGGCCCAGAAUGUGGCCAACCUUGGAACGUCCAUCAUCAUCUCCUUUGUGUACGGUUGGCAACUCACCCUCCUCAUCCUCUCCAUCGUGCCCAUCAUGGCCAUCGCUGGUGCCAUCCAGGUGAAGGUCUUGGGUGGCCACGCUGCAAAGGACAAGAAAGAGCUGGAGCAGGCGGGGAAGAUUGCUACAGAGGCCAUUGAGAAUAUCAGAACUGUUGUGUCUCUCACCAGAGAGUCCAAGUUUGAGACUUUGUAUCAGGAGAAUUUAGUUGUGCCAUACAGAAAUGCCAAGAAGAAAGCCCACAUUUUUGGCUUUACCUUCUCCUUCUCCCAGGCCAUGCUCUACUUUGCUUACGCUGGCUGCUUUAGGUUCGGCGCCUGGCUUAUCGAACAGAAAAUGAUGACUUUUGAGGGCGUCUUUCUUGUAUUCUCUGCAGUGGUUUACGGAGCGAUGGCUGUAGGAGAAGCUAACUCUUUCACUCCAAAUUACGCCAAAGCCAAGAUGUCUGCCUCUCACAUCUUCAUGCUCCUCAGCAGAGUCCCAGCCAUCGACAAUGACUCGGAGGAGGGAGACUCACUGGAUAAAUUUGAGGGCAACGUGUGCUUCGAGGACGUGCGGUUCAACUACCCGACGCGGCCGGCGGUUCCCGUGCUGCAGGGCCUGAGGCUGAAAGUGAAGAAGGGACAGACCUUGGCUUUGGUGGGCAGCAGUGGCUGUGGAAAGAGCACCACCAUCCAACUGUUAGAGCGGUUCUAUGACCCUCUGGAGGGCCGAGUGAUGCUGGACGACAACGACGUGAAAAGACUCAACAUCCACUGGCUGCGUUCUCAGCUGGGCAUCGUAUCCCAGGAGCCAGUGCUGUUCGACUGUAGCCUGGCAGAGAACAUCGCUUACGGAGACAACAGUCGUCAGGUCACCCAAGAAGAGAUUGAACAGGCAGCCAAAGCCGCAAACAUCCACUCUUUCAUUGAAAGCUUGCCUCAGAAAUACCAAACGCAGGCAGGGGAUAAGGGUACACAGCUGUCAGGUGGGCAGAAACAACGCAUUGCCAUAGCGAGAGCGAUCCUUCGCAACCCCAAAGUACUGCUAUUGGACGAGGCCACAUCCGCGCUGGACACAGAGAGUGAAAAGAUAGUUCAGGAAGCGUUGGAUAAAGCGCGUGAGGGAAGAACGUGUAUCGUGGUGGCUCACCGUUUGUCCACCAUUCAGAACGCCGACCGCAUCGCCGUGUUCCAGAACGGCGUGGUGGUGGAACAGGGAACGCACCAGCAGCUGCUCAACCAGCAAGGAGUCUACUACAGUCUCGUCACCUCCCAAAUGAGUCACAGCACAUAGAGACUUUGUUCUUUUUUUCUGAAUAUGUUUCAAAAAAAAAAGAGAGAGAGGGUGAGAGAGAGAGAGAAAAAAAGGACAAUUUUUUACUGAAGAAUUGGUUGGUUGGGAUGCAGAUGAGGUUAUAUUUGGGGGGACAGAACUGCGUUCAACAAUUUGUGACCUUGAAACACACACACAUA